AUGCCAUCCCAAACCCCCAAAAGACUGGAUGUCACUGUGGAACAACUAAGGAGCAUAUAUGGGCAACUCUACGAUCAGCUGGAGCAGAAGGCAGCUCUACAUCUGCCGACAACAGAAACCGACAGCCGUGAUGUUGUAAAGGAAGAACAGAGCAACUCAAAAGAAGACACUGUGCGAAGGGAAGUACAGGUACAACUUCAAGAUUUUUUGUCGCAAGUAAUGGACAUGGCUUCAAACUCUCUACGCAUAAUAAACACCAACGAUGAAGUCAAGAACGUCAGAGCACUCAUCAUGAAGUCGCAGGAGAAAUAUGUGGAACCGUUUGAUCUCGACCUUAACGAAAAGGUGAGGCAGAAAUACCAGGAGUGGGAAAACGAAACCCUAAAACUCUCUCAACUGAGGCAGAACGCGCCGGCAGAAAUCAAGCGCAUUUACAAUGAGGCCAAACAAGACUACAUCUCGGCUCUGGACUCUCGAAUAGCAGCUCUACAAAAUCCUGAACAAAGUUCUGAUCUCAAUUCUGAUCCGGAUAGCCCGCAGCAACAGGAGACCGCUGAAACUUCAGACCAAUUCUACGAUCAAGUCGGCUCGCGCUACGAACAAGCAUUACACAACGUCGCAGAGGCCCAGCGCCGAAUAUCAGUCUCCCGCCCAGAAGUCAAUAAGGUGCGCUCGCUGGUCCGGUACCUCGACGCAGAACUAAACUUUUCUGAUAGCAGCAGCCCACACCUUGACCACCUUGACCACCAAGACGACCACCAAGACCUCGAACAAGACCUCGAAUAA